GCGUUUGCGCUAGUUGGGCAGUUUCCUGUGGAUUAUUAAUCACAUCAGACGUCCCGAACUAAAUCCAUUUUCAGAAGCACGUUGGACUCAUUCUGGUCCAGGUCUAUCUCCAGCGCGUAGGAUCCGAGGUUAGAUGUGGUCUCGGUCUCUCUCGCAAAAACGAGGAGAGUCGUUGAUAAGCUAUGUAGAUGGGCGGCAUGACUUCCGUCUCUCUCUCCAAACUUUAACCUGAGAAAAGUGAACGAAUCAAGAUCUCCAGCCCCGCCUGCAUGCGGUGGGAGGGGGUAGACUGUGCUGUUCGGGCCAACUGCUAAGUUAGAUGUCAACAGCUGCAUAAAGAAUUUUAUCUGCAGCGAAGAUUUUUUUCCUGCUUUCCGACGCCGUGCCUGAGAGCGCCGCGGCGGAUCGUCACAACCCGUCCGUCCUGGCCGCGACUGGAGAGCCCGUCUCCGGGGUCGACAGCACCUGAUGUCUGGGGUACGAGCUCGGCUCCUCGCUUUCCUCGCUGGGAUUGCGGUCUCAGGGGUGCUGCGCGUCUCAGCCAUGGAAGUGUACACGCCCGAGGAAGUGGAAUCCGUCAACGGGACCGACGCCAAGCUCAAGUGCACCUUCCAAUCCUCGUCGCCCUUAAAGGAGUCCAGUGCCUCCGUCUCCUGGCACUUCAGGCCCCUGGGCGGGGGCGCAGAGGAGUCGGUUUUCUUCUACCAGGACGGGCAGUACCCCCCCUCGGAGGGCAGGUUCAGGGGCCGCGCGGUGUGGGCCGGGAACCUCAACCGCUACGACGGCUCCAUCAUGGUGCGUGACGUGCAGUUCCGGGACAACGGCACCUUCGUCUGCCAGGUGAAGAACCCGCCGGACGUGCAUGGCGUCAGCGGGGAGAUCCGCUUCCGGGUGGUGACCACAGCCUCCCACUCCGAGAUCGCCAUCCUGGCGGCGGCCAUCGGGGGCGCCACUGGGCUGCUGCUGCUCAUCCUCGUCCUCACCAUCUUUUUCAAGUUCUGGCGGAACCGGCGCCGGGAGCGGGGGACGGAGGCGGAGGGGAAAGAGGAAGGAGUCUUGUGAUGGGGUCAGGCUCAUUCCUGACCCACUCGCUAUCCUGGAAAGCCGCUGAUCGCAAAGUUUUUCAGCACCGGCUUUUCGUUUUUUGAAAAACUUUUAGUAUUGUGUUUUUUUUUAAAAGAGCCAGCAGAUUUUAACUGGUGAUCUGAUCGCCCAGUUAGUUUUAAACCCCUCUUAUUUUACGUUCGGGGUUUGUGGCCCAAUACGACUUUCGUUUGCUUCCGGAAAUGGAUAUGUAUAUAGUUGUUUUUUUAUUUUUUAAAAAAAUUAUGUACAAUUUAUUAUUAUAUACUCGAGGAAUGUAUUUUUUCUUGUUGCAAUAGUCUGUUUCAACUGCACUUUGCACCACAAGGGAAGGCAUAUCUCACCUUCUCCCUUCUGAAAAUAAGCAGACAGUGGGGGGAUUUUAAAACAAAAGAGAAAUCAACAUGCACAACGGAAGAGUUGCAAACAAAUCUGUCCUUCUGGGUAAUUUCUAGUUCAUUGAUCUAAGGAUAUCAUCCCAGAAAAAGCAUGGUUGUUCCAUACCCCCACUACUCUUUGUGUAAAGAAGUACCCUCCCCCUCUUGGUUUUAAAUGCAUUGCAACAGUGCUGCUAAUGGUCAUAUCUGCAAUGAUAUUUUUGCAAGCCACUUUAGUUCCAGACAGAGUUCCCUGGCAUUUAAUUCCCAGGGAUCUCUUGGUAAACCCUUGGGAAACCUUUUCAAGCUGCUCUCUCAUAUCUGCUGUCGUCUCCCUGGGUUGAUAACCCCUGCUCCUCUCUGGCGCUGAUCCGAGACCUCCUCCGGGAUAGUCUUCCAGGUAAGAUGGUGCCGAACCUGUUCAAUCUCUUCUGUUGGGUUGAGAGACAUUUGGUCCCUGAGGCCGGAAUGGGAUUUAGAUGAAAGUCCUAAUGAUCUCUGAAGGGCUGAAUUGAUCAACUCACUAGUAUGAUUGGUAUUGUUCUUUAGAAACUGGUGAUUUAAAGGUGACCUGCUGAAUUGCGGACUGGAGAUCUGAGCUAGAGAUGCCAGUUUACUGAUUUUGUCUUACCCAACCAGUCUUUAAAGCUCUUUUCACUCUCUGGGGGUGGGGGGUAGGCUUUGAGUUGAAAGUCUAGCCCUGCAGUUCCGGAGUACAGAGAAACCAACACCCUUUCUUCAUGCGAGUGAUUAAUUCAGCCUUCCUCUUUUUUGUUUUCCCUGCUUUUUGUUUGGUGACAUACUGGAGGCCGGUCCCCAGACAAAGAGUUUGAAUUUGCACAACAAUGUGCAGCGCAGGGCUACACCCUCCUUUACAGUGAGUGAAGCACUUAUCAGGUUUCAUUCAGCUACUGAUAAACGAGGUCCACAUGACCUCGUUUCGCCAACGUGAGCUGCUGAUUCACUCGGGGGCGGACAUGAAUUGGCAAACACAAGUCUAGCUUUUAAAGAGCAUGGCUGUGGUCAGGGGCUUCUGGACUCACUGUAUGUGGUGGUGGGGGGGUUGCGGGUUCAAAUCCCAGGUGAGACACAGCUGUUGUACCCAUGAGCUUCAGUAAAACACCCAGCUAUAUAAAAAACAAUUGCUUUGGUUUAACAUGGGCAGAAACCUAGCAGCUCUGAUAACAUGAGGGAUAGUUACACAGUGGCCAGAGAGCAAAGGUUCAAAUACUGUGUCCAUUUAUCUUUAGAACAAUGGCUGUCUCUGGCUCAAUUAGGUUAUGUAUCUGGACACAGACAAAAGGCUAAAAUGAUUGUUUCAUGGUUUAAACCUACUGUAUUUAAAAUAAAGCCCUUACUCGAGAUUCCCGUGGUCUAAGAACCUUUCAGCUUUUCGCUGUUCUCCAAAAUUGAAAUGUGGAUUCUUUUAAGAUCAGUCCUGAUGUCGUUUGCUAACCUCUUCAGAACAGCACAGGGCCAUUCUCUUUCGAAUACAGAGUUCCGCCUUUUUGUAUAUAAUUGUGCUCGGAUGUAUUUUCUUUUUUAGAAAAUAAAACAUAAAUGAAACUGG